UAACGUAAGUUACUAUCAAAUGAAAAUUACUAUUUGAGAAGGAAAUCAAGCUUUACAGUUGAAAGAACAAUGUCAUUCUUCAAUGAACUGUGUGACAAGAAGAAGGGUAAACGCUGACGAGACACAUUCUUUUCAUUUUAAUUGCUGCUCCAAUUAUGUAUUCAACAUUUCUGGAAGACAAUGAGAAAAAGAGAACGUGUAUACAUAUAUAUGGUCACAUAAAGAAAUGAGCAAACAACAAUGCGACGGAGAAACUCAUGUAGGAAGGAGAGAAAAUAGACAAGAGUGUAUGAUGUAUGGUUAAUUGAUUAGCGUCUAGAAGAUGAUCGGCAGCACGAAAGUGCUCGAAAUAUACACACUCGCAUUGACGAAGAACAGUACAGUGAUCAGCACACUGCUAUUUAGCAUAUCUCAGCAGAUGACGCAUACAACAGAAUCACGUGGCGUUGAGAAAUUAUUUUUCGUCUGUAACUUAAAUGUGAUUGAUUAAUUGAUUGAUACAUUGUAUGUAUAGGAAAGUCAAUAAAAAGUUUCUACACUUCAUACCAGCUUUCGUCGCUGAUCGUGAACCUCCAUAUGGUGUUAAUCUUGGCUCCGUUGAACCGUUGGAUUAUCCAGCAACUUACAUGGUCGACGAACGAUAUCCGGUCAUAUUGCUCGGAUAUCCGGUUUAG